AUGCCUCGCCAAUUCUUCGUCGGUGGUAACUUCAAGAUGAACGGUGUUGCUCAGAGCAUCACCGACAUCGUGAAGAACCUCAACUCCGCCAAGCUCGACGACAGCACCGAGGUCAUCGGUGUUGCUGCCCAGAACGUCUUCGACAAGCCCAACGGUGCUUUCACCGGCGAGAUCAGCGUUGAGCAACUCCGCGAUAACAAGAUUAACUGGGCUGUCAUCGGCCACAGCGAGCGCCGUGUGAUCCUGAAGGAGUCUGAUGAGUUCAUUGCCCGCAAGACCAAGGCCGCCAUUGAGGGAGGUGUCGCUGUCAUUUUCUGCAUCGGAGAGACUCUUGAGGAGCGUGAGGCCAACAAGACUAUUGAGGUCGUCACCCGCCAGCUUAACGCUGCUGCCAAGGAGCUGAGCCCAGAGCAGUGGGACAAGGUCGUCAUUGCCUACGAGCCCGUCUGGGCUAUUGGUACCGGAAAGGUCGCUACCACUGAGCAGGCUCAGGAGGUCCACGCCGCCAUCCGCAAGUGGCUUGGCGAGUCCAUCUCUGCCCACGCCCAGGAGAGCGUUCGUAUCAUCUACGGUGGCUCCGUCAGCGAGAAGAACUGCCGCGAGCUCGCUACUCAGCCCGACGUUGACGGUUUCUUGGUUGGCGGUGCCAGCUUGAAGCCUGCCUUCGUCGACAUCAUCAACGCCCGCAUCUAA